UGGUACGAACAGAUUACAAGGAAUGAAAAGCUGUGGACCAUGGUUGUCACCCAUGAGGAAAAAAUCAUCGGGGUUCUGGUGGCCGAAAUUAAGAAGCUGAGUCAAUGCAAUUUAGAAGAUCAGAAUAUUUUGCCGAAAAGCUACCCUGCGAAUACAGCGGUAUGCUACAUGCUGAGUCUCGGGGUUCACAAGGAUUGGCGAAGACGCGGCAUCGCUUCGAAGCUGCUGAACAAUCUUCUCACCUACCUGGAAAACGGCGCUUCCGCGGGUUUCGAACCAACUCGUUGUUUGUUUCUUCACGUUUUAGUCGAGAAUGAAAACGCAAUCAACUUCUACGAGCGACACUCACGUCUUAAAUCCUAUUACAAAAUCGAUGACAAAUACUAUGAUGGCUUUACGUACGUAUACUACCUUAACGGUACCAUUCCUCCAUGGUCUCUGAGGUACGAACUUUUUCAUAAAAAACAUUUGUAA